UGACAGGCGCCGAAGAAGUGUCACCCCCUGAUAUCACUGGUUACCUAUAUCUACAUACCUACUUAUAUUAUUUGUUUCAAUCAUACGUAUUUUCUUUUGAUCAGUUUUGUUUUUUAUUUAAGUUUAUAAAUUACUUUUAAAGCUCAUAAAAUGACCGUUUCUGAAUAUUCUCUUAUAAAACAAAAAAUAAUGCUGUGUGUGAGUUCGACCGAUAGAAUGAACCAAACAAUAGAUGAGUUAAAGCAGUACUUCCAGAAUACAAUUAAUUCACCAAGAAGAUUGGAACGAAUCAAGACGAUUGGACAACUUUUACACGUUUUAGAAACUAGGGAUCAUCUAUCUGAAAGUAAUGUUUAUUCCCUAAAACACAUUGCUCAGUUUGUCAAUGAUCAAGAACUUCUAAACAAGAUAAAUGCUUAUGAGAGAUUUUGUCAUACGAGAAAAGAUCUUGAGUACACAGCAAGUACCUCACAGAAAGUACCAUUUAAAUCAUUAGCAAAUGGCAAUCCUUAUAACAAUUUGAGUGAUAGAAAAAUUCAGAGGAUUCAUCAAACCAUAGUUGAACAGAUUGGCACAUACUGGCGUGACUUAGCUAGGAAUCUAAAAAUCCGGCAAUGUGAAAUUGAUAAUAUUGACAAAGAUUCUAUUUCACUUCAAUCAAAAGCAGAAAAAAUUUUAGAAAUGUAUAUGGAAAAAGCAGAUACACAGAAAUGGUUCCUGGACCUCUGUGAAUCUCUAGAAAAAGCACGUAGAAGAGAUAUGGCAAGAACACUCAAUCAUAUUUUCGUUAUGAACAUUUGAUAUUCAAAAAUAUAAUACUAGUUUUAUAAUAUGUAUACAUAUAACAAAAAUAAAAUAAGUGUAUUUUAUCUUUGUAAAACCACCCCAUAUCCAAUUAACAUCUGAAUGUAUUCCUUUUUUCCUUUUCAAGAACAGAAUAAUAACUAUUCCAUUUGGUUGAGUAUUGUGAUCAUUACGGAAAACAAAAAUAAACAACUAUUCUUCUUUCUAACAGAAA